GACGAGGACAUCAUCUCAUCACGCUAACAGCUGAAGCAGAGAGGUGAAGGAGCAGAAGUCUGCUUCACAGACAGUCAGUCAGCCACACGCUGUGGCGCGCAACCGUGCGCUCGGUCACUCACUUCGCUCUCCGUGCGCGCAGAGGCAGCAGCAUCAGCAGCACAGCACACACGCGUAACUGAUGGAGCAGCUAGACGACGAACUGCUCGGCAACUGCGGCGGAAUAACGAGCGAGAGCGAGACCACCAUGAGCCUGGAGGAACCGCGCGCUCUGCCAUGCUGAGCAUCUCCAUCGCGCUCCUGCUGGCUCUGACCGCUCCCUUCCGCUGCGCACACAGCUGGAGCGACGAGGACCUCCUGCUGCCGCCCAUCAACUCCUCCGGGAGACUCCUGGCCAGCCUGGAGGUGGAUGUGGGCUACUCCAAGAGAUCCGUGGAGGAGCCCGAAGCCUCCUCGCAGUGCAACGUGAGCGUGGAGAGGCUCCCCACCAAACUCGUGGCGCGCUGGGACAGCAACUUCGGCUUCCAGUGCGACGUGCUCAUGUACACCACGAACAGCCACGGCAAGGCGUUCUUCUCCGCCGCCUUCAACCGGGCGAUCUCGCCGGUCUACAUCGAGCACCUUGGCGUCACGGGCGGCCAGCAGGAGUUCAGACUGUGCGUGGGAUGCGGUCUGUCCCGGUACCGGAGAUUCCGACGGGGCAGGACAGAGGGUCAGCAGACGGGCGACUCGGUGCACUUCUGCUGCGUGGAUUCAAAUGGGCGACGCCAGACUUUUUUACGCUUUGAUAAUAUUCUUUUGAUAACAUUCUAA